AAGGGGAGAGUGAUUACUUCAUUCGGUAUCAGCAUAACGAGUCGCACAAGCAUUAUGUUUGUAUUGAUCUUCCCCCCGGCCGUUCUCCAGACAAUUAAGGAUCGAGCUGACAUGCGUGGACCUCAGAUCUGGAAGGAGAUCCUCAAGACCUAUCCUGAACCAUUGUUCUCGUAUCACCAGGUGUAUAAUCACCUGCUGAAGCUGAAUUCCGGGUCCUGGAGACUCGACGAGGACGAAGAAAAAUCAGCCAGGUUUCUCAUUGAAAAGCUAUGUGCAGAGAGGCCAGAUUCGGCUGUUCUUGAGCACAUCGAAUUGCCCGACGAUCCGGACGAUGGCUACACCGCCUUCGCAUUCGGACUGCCGUCGCUGAUCAAGAAGUGGGGUGGCUGUGUAUUGGAAUUGCAGCUGGAUUCAACCUUCAAAACAAACAAGGUCGGUAUGAAUGCUUUGCCAUUCUCGGAGAAGUUUUCGGAUCUGGCCUUCCGCUAGCGUUCCUUUUGAUCAAGUCAAACGGGAGUCCAAAACCGGGAUCCAAGGAACGCUAUCUCCAAGCACUUAUUCGGCACAUCUCUGAGACCUGGGAAGUGAAGCCCAUACAGACACUCAGCGACAAAGAC